GUAGCGAUGACCAUAAUCCUGUUCAGCACAUUGUGAAGUGGUCAGGGUGAGAAGGAGAGUCAGACCAAGUCAGGAAGAAGCCAACAGGUGGUUUCCUCCAAGUCAGUGUUUCUUUGCAGCAUGGGGAAUUCUAAGAGUGGGGCACUGUCCAAGGAACUUCUGGAGGACCUGAAGUCCAAUACUAAGUACAACGAGGCCGAGCUGUGUGUCUGGUACCAGUCCUUCCUCAAGGAAUGCCCCACAGGCAGGAUCACCAAGGAGCAAUUUGAGGGCAUCUAUGCCAGCUUCUUCCCUAAUGCAGAUCCUACAGAGUACGCAAGGCAUGUCUUUAGGAGCUUUGAUACCAACGCAGAUGGUCAACUGGACUUUAAGGAGUACAUUGUGGCCCUGCACCUUACCUCCGGAGGCAAGACCCUGCAGAAGCUAGAGUGGGCCUUCGCCCUCUACGACGUGGAUGGAAACGGAACCAUCAGCAAAAAUGAGAUCCAAGAGAUUGUUAAGUCAAUAUUUAACAUGAUCCCCGAGGAAGACCAAAAGGACCUGCCUGAAGAUGAAAACACACCUGAUAAGAGAGCAGAAAAAGUCUGGGACUUUUUUGGAAAGAAAGAAGAUGACAAGAUUGCAGAGAGGGAAUUCAUUCAAGGAGUGAUGGACAACAAGGACAUCCUACGGUUGAUUCAGUAUGAUGAGCCCCAGAAAAUCAAGGACAAACUGAAGGAGAAGAAACAAUAGCUUUCCGACAAAAUCAUUCUUUUGAAUUCUAUAAGACUGUUCAAAGCUUAACUGUUUACAAACCCAACUCUCCUGCCAGACCUGGGCUCUUUGUGCGCUAGACAACAUUGGCUUACACAUUGAAGUACCGCACAUUGUGGUGGAUGACCUGUUUGUCUAUGAGCCACCUGGACUUUUCUUCCCACUCAAAUAACUAUUCCGUGCUCUAACAUGAUGGGUAUUCUUUUCUAUUUCGUAAUGAAUGAAUGGUUUCCAGGAUUCUGUUGCCUGCUGCUGUGUUCACUUGCAUUCAUUCGUUUAAUAAAGAGAAAGCCACCAGGAAAGGACCCACUGGGCACACACUGGUUGAAUCAAUGUUGUUUCCAUGAUAUUUAAAUGAAAUUACGUCGAACCAACAUAGACUUGACAUCUGUGCCCAGUGGGGAGCUCCUUGUGAAGGGAAUUAGGCUGAAGUUAACAAUCCCUGUCUUACUAUCAAUCCUAUUAGUAUGUGAAGGUCAGUUUAGAAACAUCCUGGCAGAGGUUUGUUAUGAAGGUAAUCAUGUCUAUAGAAUGUGUCUUAUAAUGUGCUUAGCAGGACUGAAACCUCAUACAAUGUACAGUAUUCAACUGGUAGAACAAAGGAAAAUGAGUCUUUUUUCUUGAAUAUUGUUGACAUUUUGUUGAUGCUGUCAGAGACUGCUGGAAACUACAUAAUAAAAAACACUGUGAAAAAUGA